UUUUGACCUGCUUACUCAAUGCUGAUGGUGCUGCAACUGUGUCUCGCUCUCAGGAACAAGUGGUGUUGCUAUCUUUUAACCUGCUUACCCGAUGUUGAUGGUGCCGCGGCUGUGUCCUGCCCUAGUGGGAAGUGCGGGACUUCGUGUUCUGACCUGCUUACCCGUCUCUGAUGGUGCCAUGGCCAUGUACCGCUCUCAGAAUUCCUACCUUGUCAAUGAGGAAGCGCGUGAUGUCAAUGCUGAUGGUGCUUCAGUGACGGCCUAUUCCCCUGGGAACGAGUUUUUUUGGCAAUGGCCCAACAAUAUCCCCUCAAUCAAGUCACGUUUCACCCUCACGCGAUGCCGUGUGCUUUCAUAUCAAUCUAUCUUACAGCAUGUCUUUGAGUUGAUUGCGAGUAGCAGAAAAUGGGUAUCACCGCUUCGAGGAGAUCGAGUAAGAUAGUAAUGAUGAUUACGAUGGGGAGGAUGGAGCGGAAGGCUCAGAUGAUGUGCUUCCAGCCGACGAUGGGGAGGAUCAUGAGACAAAUUAUCAUGGCGAGCUUUGAAUAUGGCAUGAUAUUCCUACCUCCUGUACAACUGCGGACUCGGAUUCAUAUGCUUUGAUAUCAGAAUGUUUUUCAGGU